CGGCAGUUGAAGGAGACGGGACGAGACGAGACAGCGGGGGGUCGAUCGAUUGAUCGAUCUGAUCUGACGGCCGAGGUGCGAGCGGACGGGACGGGACGGGCCGGGCGCGGCGAGUUCUCCAGGCAGAAGAUACAAAAGCUUGAAAGCACGCACCACCAGAUUUGGAACAGCUCCUUCCCUGCUGUUAUCACACUAUUGAAUGGACCUCUCAUAAACUGAAGAAAAAUGAGUUUGAAAUCGGAGCGUAGAGGAAUCCAUGUGGACCAAUCAGAGCUACUAUGUAAGAAAGGUUGUGGUUACUAUGGAAAUCCUGCCUGGCAAGGAUUCUGUUCCAAGUGCUGGAGAGAAGAGUACAGUAAAGCGAGACAGCGCCAAAUACAAGAAGAUUGGGAGCUUGCAGAACGUUUACAGCGGGAGGAAGAAGCUGCAUACGCCAGCAGUCAGGGGGCUCCGUCGCUAACUUUCUCUAAGUUUGAGGAGAAAAAAACAAAUGAGACUAAAAGGAAAGUCCAGACUGUCAAAAAGUUCUUCAGCCCCUCAUCCAGGGCUGCACCAAAAAAAGCAGACAGCCAGGAAGUCAAAGCCUCAAGUCCCUCCAUAAAUAGGCAGGCCAGCCUUGAGACAGAACGAGCUUCCAAGGACUUUAUUGACUUCCUCAAGGGCUUCCGCAGGCCUGGGCAAGAUAUACUGAAACAAUGUAGGGGAUUUAUUGAAGCUAUGCAGCAUAAAAAGGAAUUGAACAUUGAGGAGCAGUCGGAGUAUGUCCAGGACUUCUAUCAAAACAUGGUCGACCGAUUGCAGUCACACUCCAGUUUUAAAGGUUCUCCUGAAGGGAUAGAAAAGAUCAUGGACCAGAUUGAAAACUAUAUCAUGACACGACUCUACAAAACUGUGUUUUGCCCAGAGACUACUGACGACGAGAAGAAAGAUCUUGCAGUUCAGAAACGAAUUCGGGCAUUGCAUUGGGUGACACUUGAAAUGCUGUGUGUUCCAGUAAAUGAGGAAAUCCAUGAGGUUUACGAAUUAGUUGUCAGAGCAAUCACUGCUGUAAUUGAAAUGGAUUCAAGGCGUGUUCCACGUGAAAAGUUGACCUGCAUCACUAAAUGCAGCAAACAGAUUUUCAAUGCCAUAAAGAUCACAAAGAAUGAACCUGCUUCUGCAGAUGACUUCCUACCCACACUAAUCUACAUUGUGUUAAAGGCGAAUCCUCCUCGCUUACAGUCAAACAUCCAGUAUAUUACACGAUUCUGCAAUCCAAGCCGACUGAUGACUGGUGAAGAUGGGUAUUACUUCACAAAUUUAUGUUGUGCAGUUGCCUUCAUUGAAAAGCUGGAUGCUCAGUCUUUGAAUUUAACGGAAGAAGACUUUGAUCGUUACAUGUCUGGCCAAUCAUCACCUAAGAAGCAUGACUCUGAGGAAUGGUCUCCUGAAGAGUGCGCAGGAAUGAAACAAAUGUACAAGAACUUAAAUCUUAUUUCACAGUUGAAUGAUAGGCAGCAAAGAAUAAUUUCAACGGCCAAGCAGCUUGAAAAAGACUUAAUUGACUGGAGCGAAGGUGUGACCAAAGAGGUUGAAGAUAUUAUUGAGAAAUACCCACUUGAUAUCAAACCCAAGGGCCAGUCAGUGGUGGCAAUUGAUUCUGACAAUGUAGAGAACGACAAGCUUCCGCCACCAAUCCAGCCGCAGAUGUUUCUUGGCUGAAAGAAUUAAAACUCUUAAAGACGAGCAAACUCUGUGUUAAGAAUUUUGGAGCGAAUUAAUAAUUUUGGUUUUGGCUACCUUUGAUUUCACAAGAAAGAAAUAAUUUAUCAUAAACCCAUGUUGCUGGGCAUAUUUCCCCUCAGUGGAACGACAUUUAAAGCUUUCAAUGACUUGAGAUUGAGUUUAAUUUUAGUGGAAAGGAGGUAGAAAGGUAAGCAUUAGGUCACUUAAAAAGGUCACAAAUGGUCACAAAAAAUGAUGGGAAGAUGCCUCUUCUACAUUAAUACAGAACUGGAGACGCCUGCAAUUGUAACACUCACUUUUUCACCUGUGCGAAUCAAUCAGGAGGUAUUGAAACAAAUUGCAAUGGUUAGAAUUAUUUAAACUUGCUGGCAUGUCAGCUAAUGUUUUAACAAGACUGCAAUACUCUCUUCCGGUGAGCUAAUAUACUGCAUGUAUUGAACAGAGAGUAGAUAGCACAGAGGGAACCAGGAAAUGUUUACAUUCACAAUUUGGCCUCUGGUUCAUCCAACACUCCAAAGUGAAGUUGACUUAGUUGUUCAAUGGCUUGAAUGAGGAGAUUGAAAACAAAUUAAUUCCUCGGUUUAUCAAAGAAGAAUCUUUAAAAACUGGUAAACUGGUACAAUUGAAGUUUGUAUUGUUUCUGCGGAUUUUUAUUGUAUAGUAAAAGUCAAUGAUGUGAAUAGGAAUAUCUUGUCAUCAUAUUGAACAUGCUCUUUAUUUUAAUUACACCUUGUAUAAGUGUAGCUGCAUUAACCGUAUGACUCUGUGGUGAAUUCACUUUUGGUGUCUAAAUGAGUUUUGAAUGAUUAAGCAAUGACAUUUGCUUAAAUGAUUAUAUACUACAGACUGCACUUUGAUUUUAAUAUGUAUAAUAACUUUGGUUUUAUGUAAUUGUGGAAAUGUUGGGUACAAUGUAAUCUUUGGAUCCUGUUCAAAAUAAUAUGGCAUUUCCUGAGCAAAAUAUUAAAAGAUGUUUGAGAAAUG